AUGGCUGACUCCGAUCUCUAUAACCUCGAAUUUCUCUCUCUAGUCGCCAAAAUCACCCAAGAGAUAGACAAUCACACUGGUCACAAUGACAAAACACUCGCAGAGUUCGUCAUCUCUCUUCAUGAGGAAUCCAAGACAUUGCCGGAGUUCAAGCAGAAGUUGAAGGAUGUCGGUGCAAAUUUUCCUGAUUCAUUCUUGGAUAAUGUAGACCGCCUUAUAUUGAGCAUGCACCCGAAGCACAAGAAGAAGUCUUCUGUCAACGGAGAGACUACUGCUGGGGAUGGGUCUUUGGAUGAGACGGAGAAACGAAAGCGUCUGUUUCCAGGUUUGGCUUUGCAGGAUCAGGAUUGGCAGCCGAGCAUUACAAAGGAUGCACUUAUGAAAGAGGUGGAUGAUAUGAUGUCCCAAUUCGAGGGUGUUGCGAAGAAGGCGAGACCAAGGCCUACUGAGGACGAGCGAUCCCCCAAGCGACGGCGACGUUCGUCUCGGUCGCGGUCACCCUCAUCUCGACGUCGUAGUCCAAGCCCAGCCCGUGAACGCGAAUAUGACGAUAGGCGAGACAACCGGCGUGGUAGAGUGAAUGAUCGAAGACAACCCUUGGAUGAGCGGCCUGUACUGUUCAAGAUCUACAAUGGCCGAGUAGCAGGGCUGAAGGAAUUUGGCGCCUUUGUACAGCUGGAAGGCAUUGUGGGUCGUGUUGAAGGUAUGGUGCAUGUCUCCAAUAUUCAGCAAGGGGCGCGGGCCAACUCUGCUUCUGAUCUAUUAAGCCGUGGUCAGUCUGUAAAGGUGAAGGUGAUGAGUGUUGCCGGGACUCGUGUAGGUUUGUCGAUGAAGGACGUCGAUCAGGCCACAGGAAAAGAUCUAACACCGCAUUUACGCAUCAAAUCUGAAGCUGAACUUGCUGAAGAGCAGCAGCGCGCUGCUCAUGGCGCAAACGCUAUUCUGCUUAAUUCGCAUACUAAUGUGAAGGACGAAGUCGUGCGGUCGGCGAAGCGUCUUACUUCACCGGAGAGGUGGGAGAUUAAGCAGUUGAUUUCUUCAGGGGCCAUUGACGCUUCAGAGUAUCCUGAUCUCGAUGAAGACUUCGCUAACCCUAUGGCUCGUGCGGAAGUUGAAGAGGAACUUGAUGUUGAAAUCCGAGAAGAAGAGCCACCGUUCCUUGCGGGGCAGACGAAGAAGACGUUGGACCUAAGUCCUGUGAAGAUUGUAAAAGCACCUGAUGGAUCGUUAAAUCGGGCGGCUCUUGCUGGUGCUUCUCUGGCUAAGGAGCGGAGGGAAUUGCGACAGCAAGAAGCGAAUGAGCAAGCUGAUUCCGAAGCUCGCGACUUUAACACACCCUGGCUUGAUCCAAUGUCGAAGGAAUCUGACAAGAUGUUCGCGCAGGAUCUUAGGGGAAACCUUCGAGGGCAGGGCGAACAACCCAAAUGGAAAGAUGCCACAUUCAACAAGGCAACCACUUUUGGUGAGAUUACGUCGCUCAGUAUUCAGGAGCAGCGGAAGAGUCUACCGAUUUUUAAACUACGGGAUCCGCUUCUACAGGCUAUAAGCGAGCAUCAAGUGCUGAUUGUCGUUGGCGAUACUGGAUCGGGUAAGACAACCCAAAUGACGCAGUAUCUCGCCGAAGCCGGGUUCGCGGAUAAGGGCAAGAUUGGCUGUACGCAACCCCGACGUGUUGCGGCCAUGUCCGUGGCGAAGCGUGUUGCUGAAGAGGUCGGCUGUCGUCUGGGCCAGGAAGUUGGAUACACCAUUCGUUUUGAGGAUUGCACCGGACCAGAGACCCGUAUCAAGUACAUGACGGAUGGGAUGCUCCAACGAGAGUGUCUUAUUGAUCCUGAUGUCAGCGCAUACUCGGUGGUUAUGCUGGAUGAGGCUCACGAGCGGACUAUCUCUACCGACGUUCUGUUCGGGUUGUUGAAGAAGGCUAUCAAGCGUCGACCCGAUUUGAAACUCAUCGUCACGUCGGCAACCCUCGAUGCGGAGAAGUUCUCCAAAUAUUUCUUUGGCUGUCCCAUCUUCACUAUUCCAGGUCGCACUUACCCAGUAGAGACUCUCUACACGAAGGAGCCCGAAACAGACUACCUGGACGCGUCGCUCAUCACCGUCAUGCAAAUUCACCUGUCGGAGCCUCCUGGUGAUGUCCUUCUAUUCCUAACGGGUCAAGAGGAAAUCGACACAGCUUGCGAAAUCUUGUACGAGCGAAUGAAGGCGUUGGGUCCUAAAGUUCCUGAACUCAUGAUUCUCCCUAUCUAUUCUGCCCUACCGUCCGAAGUACAGUCCCGGGUUUUCGAACCCACCCCACCGGGCGCACGCAAAGUCGUCGUAGCGACCAACGUCGCUGAGACGAGUCUGACCAUCCCGGGCAUUUACUAUGUGAUCGAUCCUGGUUUCUCGAAACAAAACGCAUAUGAUCCUAGACUUGGUAUGGAUUCGCUCAUCGUUAUGCCUAUCUCGCAAGCGCAGGCUCGACAGCGGGCUGGUCGGGCUGGCCGUACUGGACCCGGAAAGUGUUACCGUCUCUACACGGAAGCGGCGUUUCGGAACGAGAUGCUGCCGAACUCAAUCCCCGAUAUCCAACGGACGAACCUAGCGCAUACAAUCCUGAUGCUCAAGGCAAUGGGCAUCAACGAUUUGCUCAGCUUUGAUUUUAUGGACCCCCCUCCGGCGCAAACUAUGCUCACCGCGCUAGAGUCCCUCUAUGCUCUGUCGGCAUUGGACGACGAAGGUCUUUUGACUAGACUGGGUCGAAAGAUGGCGGACUUUCCGAUGGAACCACCGCUUGCGAAGAUGCUAAUCGCCUCCGUAGAGCUAGGGUGUUCGGAAGAGAUUCUGUCCAUCGUGGCGAUGUUAUCGGUUCAGAGCGUCUUCUACCGCCCGAAGGAGAAGCAGGGCCAGGCCGAUUCAAAGAAGGCGAAGUUUCAUCAACCAGAAGGCGACCAUCUCACGCUCCUGACCGUUUACAAUGGAUGGAAGACUAGCAAUUUCUCAAAUCCAUGGUGCUACGAGAACUUUAUCCAAGCCAGGAGCAUGCGGAGAGCUCAGGAUGUGCGGAAACAGUUUUACAAACACGAUAUUCUCUCAGCUGGGCGAGAUUACAAUCGUGUCCGCCGAGCAAUUUGUUCGGGCUUCUUCCGCAAUGCAGCCAAGAAAGACCCCCAAGAAGGGUACAAGACGCUUGUAGAAGGCACCCCUGUUUAUAUACAUCCAUCCUCCGCGCUGUUUAACCGCAAUCCCGAAUGGUGCAUCUAUCACGAGUUGAUCCUGACCACGCGGGAGUACUGUCAUAAUGUUACAGCCAUCGAGCCUAAAUGGCUUGUGGAGGUGGCGCCACAAUUCUUCAAGGUUGCGGACGCAAACAAGAUCAGUAAGCGGAAGAAACAGGAAAAGAUCGAGCCAUUGUACAACAAGUACGAGAAACCCGACGAAUGGCGACUUUCGAAAGUCAAAAGGAGUGCUCGCUCGAGUCAAACAUUUGGAUAA